AGCGGCGCCAUCGGGGGAAUCACGUGGAGGCCCCGAUUUCUUCGCUUUUUCCGCCCUGACGCUGGAUAACACGUAGGAAAUGGACUCGAGGAAGAUCAUAGAGAUACUGAGGGGCACUAUAGACCCGAAUUUACGCCAGCAGGCCGAGGAUGAGCUGACGCAGAUGAAAAAAAUUAUUGGGUUUACCCCAGCACUCCUCCAAGUUGUCAUGAUGGGGGAACUUGACAUGCCAGUAAGACAGGCCGGCGUUAUAUACCUUAAGAACAUGGUAGCACAGUACUGGAAAGAUGCAGAGUAUGAAGCUGGUGAGCCUAUUCCAUUCCACAUUCACGAGCAGGAUCGGGCCAUGAUCCGCGAUGCCAUUGUCGAUGCAGUUGUUCAUGCGCCAGAUCUUGUAAGAGUACAGCUUGCUGUCUGCACAUAUCAGAUGGUCAAACAUGACUUCCCAGGUCGCUGGACGACCAUUGUCGACAAGAUUAGUAUUUAUCUUCAAAAUCCCGACACAAAUCUCUGGAAUGGCAGUCUCCUCUGCUUAUAUCAGCUCGUCAAGAAUUUUGAAUAUAAAAAGAAGGAAGAGCGGGGUCCACUUCACGAGGCAAUGAGAAUGCUUUUGCCAAUGUGUUAUGAGCGUAUCGUUCACCUUCUGCCAGAUCCCUCUGAGCAUUCGACGUUACUACAAAAACUGAUCCUUAAGAUCUUCUAUGCUCUUACACAGUACCACUUACCCUUAGAGCUGUUGAGUCGGGACACCUUUACACAGUGGAUGGAGGUCACGCGACAAGUAGCUGACAGACCUGUGCCAGACCAGACGUUACAGGUAGACGAGGAGGAGAGACCAGACUUGCCGUGGUGGAAGAUCAAGAAAUGGGCGUUACACAUCUUGGCCAGAAUAUUUGAAAGAUAUGGUUGUCCUAGCACAGUAGGCAAGGAAUACAAGCAGUUUGCAGAAUGGUUCAUCAAGACCUUCUCUCAGGGUAUCCUUCAGGUACUGCUCAAGAUCCUAGACCAGUACCGCAACAAAGUGUACAUCUCCCCACGUGUCCUACAGCAGACUCUCAAUUAUCUGGAGCAGGGAGUGGGACAGUCAGUUGCUUGGAAGCUUCUGAAGCCCCACAUGCUCUCGGUGAUUCAGCAUGUUCUCUUCCCUCUUAUGUGUUACUCAGACUCUGAUCAGGAACUGUGGAAUUCUGACCCCUAUGAAUAUGUUCGCGUUAAAUUUGAUAUCUAUGAAGAUCUGGUAUCUCCCGUGACUGCUGCUCAGGCACUGCUCCUGUCGACCAUCCGCAAGAGGAAGGAAAUGCUAGAGAAGACGAUGGUGUUCCUCAUGCAGGUACUCACCACACCCAAUGUUGACCCAAGACACAAGGAUGGUGUCAUGCAUAUGAUUGGUACUAUGGGUGGUGUAUUGUUAAAGAAGAGAGUAUACAAAGAUCAAAUGGAAACUAUGAUUGCGCAGUAUGUCUUCCCAGAGUUCCAGAGUCCAUUUGGCUUCAUGAGAGCUAGAGCAUGUUGGAUCCUUCAGAACUUUGAUGAAAUUAGAUUCAAGUCGGAACAGAACAUUGUAGCAGCCAUGAACUGCAUCCAAAAUGCUCUCUUGAAUGAUCAUGAUCUGCCUGUCAAGGUGGAGGCUGCCAUGGCGCUGUCUGCCUUCUUGGCAUCACAGAACAAGGCAGAGAAGAUUGUAGAGCCCAAUAUCCGACCCAUUGUACAAGAAUUACUCAAGGUCAUAAAGGAGACAGAAAACGAUGAUCUCACAAAUGUUAUGUGCAAGAUUGUGACCACUUACACAGAACAAUUGACACCCAUUGCAGUAGAGAUGUGCACACAGCUUGCUGCUACCUUCCAACAGGUGGUGGACUCGGAGGAUGGAGCAGACGAAAAGGCCAUAACAGCGAUGGGAUUGCUCAGCACGAUAGAGACUCUCAUCAACUGCAUGGAGGAGAACCCAGAGAUCAUGGCACAGAUCGAGCCUAUCACCCUCCAGGUGGUUGGCCUCAUCCUCAGCAAAAGUGUUAUGGAGUUUUACGAGGAGGCCCUUGCGCUAAUCUACAGUCUCACCAGCACGAGGAUAUCCCCAGACCUCUGGAAAUGCUUUGAAAUGAUGUAUCAGAUGUUCAAGGUAGAUGGCUUUGACUACUUCACGGAAAUGAUGCCAGCACUCCACAAUUACAUCACCGUUGAUACAGAAGGCUUCCUAAGCAGUGAAGCUCGUGUUGCUGCAGUGUUCGAAAUGUGCAAGAGUAUUCUGACACAGGAUUGUGCGGAAGACGAGGAGUGCCAUGCAGCCAAAUUACUAGAGGUGGUUGUGCUGCAGUGCCAGGGCCGCAUUAACCAGUGCCUCCCAUCCAUUAUCCAGCUCGUGGUAGAGAGACUACUCAGGGAGGUCAAGACAACUGAGUUGCGAACGAUGCUGUUACAGGUUGUGAUAGCUACACUUUACACGGCGCCGGACCCCCUACUUCAGGUGCUUGAGUCAACCACUUUGCCCAACACAACCACCACGCUCACAUCUCACUUCAUAAAGCAGUGGAUCCAUGACACUGACUGCUUCCUCGGCCUCCACGAUCGGAAAGUGUGUGUGCUGGGCAUGUGCACGCUCCUCCAGUUGGGGCCUGAACGCUUGGGAGUCCUCCAGGAAUGCCACAAAGAGAUUCUGCCAGCCAUGAUUCUCUUAUUCCAAGGCUUGAAGAGAGCAUAUGCAGCAAAAGCUGCUGAGGAGGACGAUGACGACGAUGAUGAUGAAGAUGAUGAUGACGACAUCGAGCAUGAGGUGCUGGAGAGUGAUGAAGACGAACUUGAUGAUGCUGGCGAAGAUUAUUUAGAAAAGCUUGAGGAGAAGGUAAACAAGGCCACAGCCAGUGCCCCGUUUGCCAUAAGUGCCUCCCUGCAGGAUGACGACGACGACGAUGACGAUGAUGGUCUAGAGGAAGAACGGGACGAGACUGCAUUGGAGUCCUUCACUACACCAUUAGAUAAAGAUGACUGUGAAGUUGAUGAAUAUCUUGUCUUCAAGGAGGUUAUGCAUGCCCUUGAAGCUAAUGCCCCAGCCUGGUACCAGGCCCUCACGGGAGGUCUGAAUUCAGAUCAGCAGAAGGCAAUGCAGGAGAUCAGCACACUGGCCGAUCAGAGGAGAGCUGCAGCCCAAAGCAAGAAGAUCCAACAGAGUGGAGGUUACAACUUCCAGCAAGUGUCAGUUCCCACCAGUUUUAAUUUUGGAGGGUCAUUUGGCUCAUAAUCCUGGCAUUGAGGGUUGUAAUAUUCCUUCAAGUUUUCAUCAUGCAGUGUGCAGUUAUUUUUUUAUAAUUGUUUUUUGUAUCUUUCACCUCAUCUUGCUCUCUUUCUCUUGCUCUCUCUCACUACUCCUCUCUCCCUCUCGUCUUUUGUCCAUCAAAUUUCUGAUCUUUCUUUAGUGCCUUAAACAUUCAUUUAUAGGCAUCAAAAAGUGCACUAAAGUUUUCACCUCCUGUAUGUGGUUUAAGAAUGUAAAUGUUGACUGUGUACAAAAAAAAAAAAGAUUUAAAAAAGUAAAAAAAAAAAUAAAUAAAAAAAUAAAUAAAAAAAAUAGAAAAAAAAAGGUAAAAGAAAAAAUUUGAUUGAAAUCUCGGGAUGGCUGGAUGUGGCUGCAAAGGCUUGCUCUGUGUCAGCCAGCCAGCCUCUGUUGUUCCAUUCAAGGAGCCCUUCUGCUGCCAGGGAGAAAGGCCAGGCUGGACUAGGCUUAGAAGACAGCAGGUCUUGUGUGUGUAUGUGAUAGGUAGCUACAGUAGCAUAUCCCCAAGUGAACCAGGCUGAGUGUUUUCAUUUGAUUACAGUAGACUGUUACCCUGCAGUAAUUGAUGCCUUCUGUUACUCUUCUGUAUAAUUAUAGAUGAUAAGGAUUAACUGUUGGAGUAGGUCAUCAUCAUAAUCAUCAUCAUCCUAAUAAUAGUCGCCACCACCACUGUCUUUACAUUAUUGCUCAUAUUUGGCCAAGGGUGACAUAUAUAAUGUAUUCAUUUUUUGUGUAUUUUGUUGAACAGGAAUGUAUAUUACUAUGUGGAGUUACACCUCCGGUGAUCCCUUUUUAUUAUAGUAAUUUUUGUUAUUAUAAUUAUUUCCUCUUCCUAGAGAUACGUUUCAUUAUUAUUAACUUGGUUCCCAUUUGUAUUUGGGUUUUGAUUAGCAUCAUUGAUUAUUACCCUUAUUUUCAUUUAUUUUAUUUUUUUCUUAAUGUUUUUUGAAGAUGUAUUUGUUAUACUUUUUGGUCCCUCCCCCUUGUGGGAAUGUUCUCCCAUCUGGUGACCCCCAAACUGGAGCACAGCUAUGAUCGAUGUACAAAAGAGCCGCCCCAGCCUCCCAGGCCCGAGUGGGGAAUGUGGGUGGGCAGGACGUGCCCCCCUCCCCCCCCAAACACAUCCCUAAUCCCUUGGCUGUUGUCCUGCCCCCCUCUGCACUAGAAUGUGGUCAGAAGGCACUCGGGCAGAAGUGGAAGGAGACCUGUUGGAAAUACAGUUGGCGCUGUAGGUCGGAGCGAGCGGAGGCCACGGCGUGGGCGGCUCUCCAUAAAACCCCCGCGGGUGGAUCUUGCCGGCUCUCUGCGGAUCCUAAUGGUGCCCUGGUAACGGUCCCCCUGUAUAUUACGCAUCCAGGUCCAGCUGGGGCCAGGGACGUCUUCCUCCCCUACACCACCUACCUUCCACCAUUCACCAACCAUCUUUGCCCUCCCCUCUCCCAUCUUCCCUCCAUUUCAGCUUCCCUCUCCCCUCCCCUUUCCCCUCCUCUCUCCUUUCCCCUCUCCAUCCCAAUUCCACCCUCCCUCUCUUCCCCCUUCUACCUCCCACCUCCACCCAUCCUUGCCCUAUCCUCUCCUUGUUCCCUCCCAUCUCCACCUUCUCAUCUCUCCUCUCUUCUCCCCCCUUCUUCUCACCCUCUAUCCCUCUCUCCUUUCCCCCCUCUACCCCCUCUUCCUUUUCCCUCCUUCACCCCCUCUCCCUUUUCCCUCCCUUUCCCCCCCUCCACCCCCUCUCCCUGCUCCCACCCUCCUCUCACCCUCCUCUUUCCCCUCUCCCUCCUACCUCCACCUCCCCUCUCCCAUCUCCACCUUUUGCCUUCUGUCUUUUGCCUUCCUUACCCUUGGUUCCCAGAGUGUGACUGGCAUCCCCUCACCCCCUCCCCUGUCCUCUCCCCACUGAGUUUAUAAAGCCAUCUAAUGAACCACUCCCCUCAGUUUUGGAAUUCUCUCCCUCCUUUUGCCCUCCUUACCCCUCCUUACCCCUCCUUGCCCAUGCACCCACUCUAUCUCUUCCCCCCCUCCCCCUUUUUUUUUUGUCCUAAGCUACAGAAGUCAUGGUGAUACUCCCAAAUGAUUAUUAUGAAUGUAUCAGGUGAUAUGCCCCCUCACCCUGCCCCCCCCCCCUUUUUUUUUUUCUUUCUUUCUUUUUUCUUUUCUUUUUUUCAUUACUGUGUUGGUCUGGUACUCAUUGUUCAGCUCAUGAGACCUCAUUAGUGGUCCGGCACCCUCAUUGCUGACCGGGCGAGGCAGCACCCCUGGUCGCCUCAUCUUUGGCAUGGAUGAUAGAAUGGUCACAAGCCACCCCCAGUGCCCUUCCCCCCCCUUCUUCCCUUGUAUUUUUGUAUAGGUGAUAUGUCUCCUAUUUUUUAUCUAAAUGUUUUUUUUUUUUGUUUUUUUUUUUACUUUUUUUUUCUUUUCUUUUUCUUUGAGUCUCUUAAAGUGUUUUAAGGUCAGUCUUUUUUUUCUUUUUUCUUUUUUUUUUCUUUUUGUGCACGCAUGCGUGUUGCCUAGCAAGUUGUGGGUGUAUGCCCAAGAUCAUGAGCUGCUCCUUGACUGGUAUGCUUUGUCCCAUCAGAUUAUGAUAGAUGUGUGGUUUUGUUUAUUAGGAGGAAAGUUCAUCUAGAGCAAUGGAAUUGCAUUCAAUUUAACCAUCUGAAGCAUUACCUUUGAUCUGUUGGUAAUUAUCUGGGUUAAGUAGACAGAUUUGCAUUUUAAAAAUGUUGAAAUAGCCUGUAGCUUUAUAAAGUGAGGUUACAAUACUUCAGUUUUUCAUAAGAUCAUGGAGGGAAAGAUUCUUUUUUUUUAGUGUGGAGUGCAAGCAACAAACACCCCUGAGGAAGGGGUCUUGGUUAGUGUUUGCUUGUUCUAGGUCCACACCAGUGUUGCUGCAUUGGUGCAGGAUUGACAGUGGUCUUUUUCUUUCUUUUUUUUUUUGUUGAUACUUUAGUAAGUUAUCUUGUACUAGCAUCAUCACUAAUUGAUUUGAGCAUAGGCCAUUUGUUGUUUUUUCUUUUAUAUUAGAAUAAGUGUGAUUAUGCCUGAGCGCUUUUUAAGCGUUAGGGAGAGAGAGAGAUGUGUAACAGUAGCACAGCAUCUGGUGUGUGUGUAAGUUGGGAGAUGGGAGUUUGAGCAAAGUAAUUCUAAAUAAUGUUUUGUUGCAGAAAGCAACUUCAUCCAAGGACUGCCUGACAGUAACUCCUUAUUGUAUAUUGUCAGGCUUGUUCUUCUAGAUUGUAUCAUAGUUUGCUGCAUGACAGUGUUUCUUGUGGUGAUUUAGGAGGCUCAGGAAGAUUUAUCAAUUUUGCAGCUAUAUACAUACAUAUUAAAAAAUAUAUAUAUCUACAUAUAUAUUUGUCAUCAGAGUUGUAUCACCAGACAGAUAAGUGUAUCAAGGAAGGGGGAGGGCAAUUGACAGGAAUUCCUGGGACAUGGGACAGGCCAGCUCUCUUGGGGUGGUCGCAGUGAUCAUUGCCCUCUGAUGUUCAUCUUACUGUUUGUUAGAAUUGAACCCUGUCUCUCAUUAGGAGCUGCGCACGAUGAACGUCUGGUGCCUCCAAACUAUCUAGUCCACUCAUUUUUGAAACCAUAAUUUUUGAGCUUCUUAAUUAUGGAGUUUUUGUCCUUUAUUAUUUUUUAAAAAUUUUAUUUGUUAAUUUUCUUUUUUUUUCUGUAACAUAUAUUUACCAAGGGUGUUUUGUGUUCUUGUAAAUGUCAGAUUGGAAGGGAAAUAGGGUUCUUGAUGAUAUGGCUGGCUGAAAGUAGUAGUAAAAAAAAAGAACCUCCCUUUCAAGUUUAUUCACGGGUGAUUUCUGGGAAGCUUGGCACAGUGCCUAUUUACUACGUAAAGUAAACCACUUAAAAGAAGCUCAUAAAA